AUGAACAAUUUUAGAAACCCUUCUUCUUCUUCUUCUUCUUCUUCUUCUUCUUCUAAGGAUUCAAACAAGAUCUUGAUCUCUGAACUCCUCCUUUCUUACGAGAAUGCAAUAGCUAUGUUGAGUCUUGAUAAGAAAACCCUUAAAAGAAGUCCGGAGAGGAUCGAUCAGAAUACCAAGAAGAGGAGAUUACCGGAGAAGAAGAAGACUGAGAAAGUUAAGAUUUGUGUCGGAACAGAACAAGAAGAAACUUGUCUUGAUGCUGGUUACUGCUGGAGAAAAUAUGGCCAGAAAGAUAUUCAUGGUUACAAGAACCCUAGAGGAUACUAUAGAUGCACACAUCGAUUCACACGAGGUUGUUUAGCAGUGAAGCAAGUCCAAAAAUCAGAGGAAGAUCCUCUGUGCUACGAAAUAAAGUAUCUAGAAAGUCACACGUGUAACAGUACUCCAGCAUCAACCACCAAAUACUCUGUUUUUGUGUCUGAAGAAGAACGAAACGAAGGACCUAAGCAACUUGUAACAGAGGAAUCCGAAGACAUAGUCGUCAAACAUGUGAAAUCUGAAGAAGCGAUGUUAGGGCUCGGAGACGUGGAUAGCAAGAAAGAGAUUUUCAGGACGUUUUCAGGACGUUUUCAUUUUCAAAUCCCGAGACGGAGAAUAUUUUCGAUUGGAAGAAUAUGA